AUGACGAGUGCUGGAAUCGCAUUCCAGUCAACUUCUGUGUUGAGUGGUUAUGCCAAUACACUUGCUAAAGAAUUAUCAUCAAAUGGGAAAAGCGCUUCAAAGAUUUUGAGUUUUCAAAUAUCGUUGCUAGAGAUAUUCAACCAUGAAGCAAAGAAGCUUAAGGAGUUCCAUUAUUGUGAUUAUGAGAUAGCAUAUGUUACAUACAAAAGUGCAGUGGCGUUAUAUUCUGAUAAUGAGAAUGAUGUAUCAGCAAAGACAGAAGAUUUCGUUAAAGCUAUCAGGGAAACUCUUGUAAGGAAAAGACAGGAUUUUGAAAGCGUGAAAGAAUUCAUUAUACUUAACCAACCGCAGCAGAGUUUCAAGGGAGACGAAGAGAUUGAUCCCUUGUUUGAAAGAUUCAACAAUUUAAAAACUUCAAACCUGGGGUUAAAGGAUCAAUAUGGAACCAAGAGUUCUUCUUCAGAUGAAGCUACACCUGUGAGCCAGGAAGCAUUUGUAGAAACCUUGAAAUUCCGAGAAGUAAUUAUGCCACUGGAACUUCAUGAUUUAUUGGCUGGGGAGAGUAAAAUUCUUUUGAUCGACUAUAGAGCAACGAAGGAUUUCAAUCAUAAUCACAUCAAGCAUGAUGAUGUUGUCAACAUAGAUCCAUCUAUUGUGAUGUCAUUAGAUUGGAAAAAGCAACAAGGCUUGACUGACCUGGAUCUUGAGGAUAAACUAAGCUUUCACUUACCAAAGGAGCAGCUUGAAAGAUUUAAAAACAGAAACAGAUAUGAAUUGGUAGUUGCAUACAACUUCAAGUUUGGUUAUUCAAGUUCUGCAAAUAAUAGAUUUGAUUGUUUGAAAUCCCUGCUAAUCAACGAACAGGCAUAUGGCUUAGUAUCACAGAAUCCUUUUGAGAAGCUUCUCGAACUCAUUACAUCGAAAAAUAAGUAUAUUAGCUCUAAGCUAAAAAAUUAUCCGUGUUACUUGGCUGGCGGUGUGUUUAAAUGGUAUGAGUGCUUCGGAGAUAAGUCAAUUGCAAGAACUAUUGUAACAUCUACUCUAACUCGACCUGAUGCCAUCGUUUCCAAAAAUAGCGGUCUGUCUUCAUCAAGGAGCAGCAGCUCUGACUUACGCAUGAACGCAAACUCACGUUCAUCUUCUCCAUAUUUGAAGAACUUCGGAGAAUAUUUGGCUACGGCCAAGUCUGAUGGUGAUUCAUAUAAUUCAAAGAGCGCUGGUUCCGCUUCUUUACGCUUGAAAUUUUUCCCUGAUGACAAGGUUGGCGACUUACCUCAAAUAGCACGUAAUCAAUCGGGUCCUACUAUAGUACAGCCUCAGCAACAACUUAAACCUUCAAUCACACGAAGAAUGUCUAGAGAUCUAACAGAUUCGAAGGAAAUCCAAAGUGCAAACGGCAAACUCCAAACAUCACCAACUAAAUUCUUGGAACAGUAUACGACUGGUCUAACUAAUUUAGGAAAUUCUUGUUAUAUGAAUUGCGUACUCCAAUGUUUGGGUGCCACGCCUCAGCUAACAAAGUUCUUUUUCCCUAAUAUAUCGAACUCAAUGUUAGCUCCUUCUUCAUCACUCAUGUCAUAUCGUCAGCAUAUUAAUGUCAACAAUAAACUCGGGAGUAAGGGAAUAUUGACCACCAACUUUGUUAAUCUUUUACUUAAUAUGUUCAAUAACGCUGGGAAAUACUUUACACCUACAAGUUUUAAAAAAGUUGUGGGUUCUUUGUCAUCAGGACAUCAAUUUGCAAGCUUUGAUCAACAAGAUUGUAUUGAGUUCCUUAAUUUCCUUCUUGAUGGUCUCCAUGAGGAUCUAAAUCAAGUGAUGCUAAACGCUGAGGACAAAAAGAGCAUCAUGGAGCUAACGCCAGAGCAGGAAAAAACCAGGGAAACCCUCCCAGUUAGACUUGCUUCGACAAUUGAAUGGGAGAGGUAUUUGAAACUCAACUUUUCGAUUGUAGUAGACUAUUUUCAAGGACAGUAUUUGUCUCAACUCAAGUGUCUAGAAUGUGGACACACUUCAACCACGUAUAAUGCAUUCUCAAUCUUAUCUUUACCAAUACCAGAGAAGCUCAAUAGCACUCCGACAGUGCUCCUAGAAGAUUGUCUACAGGAGUUCGUUACUACAGAGCUAUUGGAUGAAUUCAAUAAAUGGUUCUGUCCAAAUUGCAAAAAGUUUACGAAGCUGACUAAAAAGAUUACGAUAACAAGACUACCUCAAGUGUUAAUUAUUCAUUUCAAACGCUUCAAAAUUUUACCUAAUGGGUAUAUAAAUAAGCUUGAUACCUUUGUAAAGUACCCAGUUAAUGAAGUUUUAGAUUUAACUUCUUAUUGGCCAGAUAUCGGAACGAGUGUUAAUCCUAGUAAAGACCUGAGUAUAAGUAAAUCAAAGGAAGCUGAGAUUUUAUCAACUUUACCUACAAGAAACCAAGUGCCCCCAUUCCGUUAUAAAUUAUAUGGUGUCGUUAAUCACUUUGGAAAUUUAUCGACCGGACAUUACACUUCAUAUGUUCACAAGAAUAGUGAUACAAGAAAAAAAAGAGAAUGGUGCUAUUUUGACGAUGCAAAGAUAACUUAUAAUUGUUCCGAAAGCCAAGUGUUGAAUAAAAAUGCAUACUGCUUGUUUUUUCAACGUAUAUAG